AUGGUGAUGAGGUUGCAUCAUGGAUCAGCUCUUAGCCUACUUUUAUUUGCACUGGUGAUGGAUGUCCUGACGCGACAUAUCCAAGGAGAUGUGCUAUGGUGUAUGUUAUUUACAGAUGAUAUAGUAUUGAUUGACGAGACGCGCUGCGGGGUUAAUGCUAGCUUGGAUGUGUGGCGACAGACCUUAGAGUCUAAAAGUUUCAAGUUGAGCAGAACAAAAAUAGAAUACUUGAAGUGUAAGUUCAGUGUUGGGACGCAUGAAACAGAAGUAGACGUGAAGCUUGAUACACUAGUCAUCCCCAAGAGAGAUAGUUUCAAAUAUCCUGGGUCCAUAAUACAGAGUAACGGAAAAAUUGACGAGGAUGUCACAUAUCGUAUAGGAGUGGGGUGGUUGAAAUGGAGGCUCGCUUCUGUUAUUUUGUUUAACAGAAAUAUGCCACCUAGACUUAAGGGCAAGUUUACAAAGCGAUAG